AUGUUGCACGUUGCCCUCACGCCGGCCAACGUGGCCAUCGCCUUACCCAUAAUCCUUUUGAUUCUUUCCUUGAUUCAGAGGGCUCGCCUUCGAUAUCGCCUCAGCAAAAGGCCCGGAGUCCAGGCUCCCAGCCUUGCCUCCUUCUACAGCACAUCCUUAACCUAUGCCAUCCGUGGUGCCCAGGCCCAGGCCCAAAACCGCAUGUACUUCUACUUUCAGGGACUAUUCGAUGGCAGCACUCGUGAAAGCCCCGACGCGGUUGAAAUGACCUUUGGUAACAGAAGACUGAUCUUCACUCGAGAGCCCGAGCACAUCAAGACCGUCCUCACCAGCAAAUUUACCCAAUACGGAAAAGGAGAGUUCUUCCACCACAUCUGGUCACCUUUCCUAGGAGACAGCAUCUUCAGCACAGACGGAAAGCUAUGGCAGAACAGCAGGGCCUUGAUUCGUCCCAUGUUCACCAAGGAGCGGAUUCGGGAUCUUGACAUCUUUGAGCGCUGGUCCGAUGUGCUCGUUGCCAAGCUUCCACCUUCGGGACAGACCGUGGACAUCUGUGAUCUCUUCUAUCGUAUGACGCUCGAUGUCACCACGGAUUUUCUCCUUGGCGAGAGUGUGGGUGCUUUGGAAAAUCCCAAGAGCGAGUUCAGUCGUGCCUUUAUGGAAGUGCAAAGAGCACAGGUCAUGUUGACUAUUCUUGCUCCACUGAGCUGGUUCGUGCCAAAGGGCAAAUACAAGGCCGGCAUCAAAUACAUCGAGCGCUUCAUCGAGCCAUUCAUCGAAAAGACACUGCAUCUCACAGCUGCCGAGCUAGAGGAGCUUUCCAAGUCAGACCGCGACUUCACGUUCCUGCACAACAUCGCACUAUUUUCUCGAGACCCCAAGGUCAUUCGGGACCAGAUCGUCGCCGUGUUACUUGCGGGGCGUGAUACAACGGCUGCGACACUAUCGUGGGCUAUGUACGAACUGUCGCGAUACCCGCAGAUCUGGCAUAAGCUCCGCGAGCAGGUUCUCGAGCACAUUGGCGACUCGAGGUCGCCAACAUACCAGGAUCUUAAGAACCUAACCUACCUGACGCACACGCUCAACGAGACUCUGCGACUCUACCCAGCUGUUCCAUACAACCUCCGAACAUGCGUCGAGGACUCGAGCUUGCCCGGCCAGUUUGGCCAGCCCGACAUCAAGACCCUUGAGGGUGACGUCGUCUUUUACAGCACACUUUGCAUGCAGCGCCGCAAGGACUUGUAUCCGCUUACGUCGGAAAAGUUCGCGGACCCAGAUAUUUUUAGCCCAGAGCGGUGGGAGAACUGGACGCCCAGGCCGUGGCAGUACGUGCCGUUCAACGGUGGGCCCCGGAUCUGCAUCGGGCAGAACUUUGCCCUCACGGAGAUGGCGUUUAUGCUGGUACGGAUCUUGCAGAAGUACGAGCGGCUCGAGUAUCGUGGCGACUGGUCAGCCCAGUACCACAAGAUGGAGAUUGUUGGAUGCCCUGGGCAGGGUGUCCCAGUUGCCCUCUACGAGGCCAAGAAAUGA